AUGGCCUUCCCACCACAAUAUAGAGACGCCGCGCCGCCUCUCCCGAGCAUCAUUGCCCCUCCCCCAGGCGACCGGUUCAGAUCACACGCGAGUCAUCACGAAUUGCCUUUUGGUCGGAGUCCUGCCAUGUCAAUACCAGGAAUCCAGACCCCAAGCGACGUUCCUCCUCCUUUGCCUCCUCCUCGAUAUUUCCCAGGAGCUGAUCAACCUGCUCCUCCCGAAGAGAUGGGUAUCAAGCGCGAGUAUACUACACAUGGUUCCUUUGCCAGUGGUUACGGAAGCAUGACCUCCUCAUAUCAUGAUGAACACCCCAACUACCAGCGAAGGGACCUCAGCGAACGAGACGAGGGUUAUGCCAGUUACUCAUCAACCGACAGGUCUCGCGAGUCUAUUCCUACAAGCUUCGGUCGCCUCCACGACCACUUUCAAUUCCGAUCCCCUGCCGAUGUUUACGGUGACACCCUUAAGAAGAAGCUUGGCCCAGUCAGCCUCUCCGAACGGUCACCGCCUAGAUCAUUUCUCAGUGCCUCAUCCGCCGAGCCCUUCUCCCGAAGGCCUUCAGCAGAGGGUCGAUUCCCUCCAGCGCUCAGCCUGCCCGUCCAGCUCCCCAUUCACACCCGCAACAUCCUGGGCUCCCCAGCAAGGCUGACUGAGACGCCAAUUCACACUGCCAUCUCCCCACGAAGCACCCCCUUCCACUACGGAGAUCGGUCACCUAACGAUAGCUCUGAUAUCGAUCGCUCCCCUCGAACACGAACCAAGAGGAACAACAGUGAUGAUGCUACGUCAACACAGUCGAGCUACGAUUUCAAUGGAGAAGAUAUGGAGAUGGAAGAUGGGCAAUCGCUCAAGAGACUUCACAUUGAUGAUGCCUACAUGCCGGGUGGCCAGAAACGGAGGGCAGCCAGUCCGAACGACCCCAACGACCACCUCCUCGCCAUGACGGCCGAUUUCUCGCGUCGACGUGACCUGAGCUCUCGUGGCUCCCCUACACGCCUUGCUACUCUGGCUCGAGGAGCUACCAUGCCCUCUGUGUCGACAUCUCGAUCCAACUCGUACAUCUCGACAAUGUCCAUCCCCACAACGAGCAUCACUACUGCCAAUUCCUAUGGUCGACGCUCACCCGUGGGAUUGUCACCUGGUGGCAUUUCCCCCACCUCGUGCAACUCGCCUUACACGGCGCCUGUUUCCCUCAACCCCAGCCCUCGGACUUCCAUCUCGGGUCGCGGCUCGGUCCACUCUAGGACCGUCUCGGGAGCCAGCACGCGCAAGAUCACUGAAGUACAAAAGCCUGGCGGAUCCAAGAUGCAAGGUUUCUUCAUGUGCGAGUGCUGCCCCAAGAAGCCAAAGCGAUUCGAGACGCUCGAGGAACUCAACGCCCACGAAGCUGAGAAGCAAUAUGAGUGCAGCUUUUGCGGAAACCGCUUCAAGAACAAGAACGAGGCCGAGCGCCACCAAAACUCGCUCCAUGUGCGUCGCCAUUCAUGGUCAUGCUCUGCGCUGUCUGGAUAUGACCGGGCCUUCCACGACUCGACCAACCGGCCUGGAGAAGCUGACACCUGUGGCUACUGCGGCGAUGAAUUCCCGCGGUCUGGACGCGGGCCUGGCACAGGAGUGCUCAGUGGUGGUAAUGCGCCUCGACACGCCACAGACCAGGAUUGGGACGAGCGGAUCAAGCACCUGCAAGAGGUGCACAAGUUUAGGGAGUGCAACUCGUCUAAGAAGUUUUACCGUGCGGACCACUUCAGACAGCAUCUCAAGCACAGCCACGCAGGCACGAGCGGCAAGUGGACCAACAUGCUUGAGAACGCCUGUAUGAUGGACGAGGACCCAACCCCCCGGUAA